GCAUCCCAUAUCCAGCACAUCGCCAUGGCCGGUUUCAACGAUGUGUCGUUUAUGCCGAGGCUCGCCGUGCCCGCCGUCUGCCUGCUCAUUGCUUUUCUAGGCUACUUCUCGCAGGUCCUCUUCAACAACUCGACCCUCGACCCAGGCCCGCUGUCCCGCACCGAGAGCUGGACUUUCAACGUCUUGCUGGUGUGCCUCUGGAUCUCGUACUUCCGCGCCGUGGCAGUUGACCCCGGCCGCUACAUCUUCCCCGACCAGGUAAUCGAGGCAGACGGCCGAUGGUGCAAAAAAUGUCAGGCGCCGAAGCCCCCGCGGGCGCAUCACUGCCGUCACUGCGAGCGAUGCAUCCCCAAGAUGGACCACCACUGCCCCUGGACCAAGAACUGCGUCUCCAUGACGACGUUCCCGCACUUUUUGCGCUUCCUCGUCUACGCAAACUUGUCGUUGUGGACGCUGAGCGUCUUCUUGUGGCAGCGCUUCUACGCCCUGUGGGAGGCUCGUAAUAUGCCCGCCCACCUGGGCCCGACGCUGACCGGGCUCGUGUCGCUUGUCGCGACAGGCUUCGUCUGUAGCAUCACGUGCUUUGUGCUCGGCAUUAUGCUCAUAACUACGCUGAAAGGUUGGGUGGAAAACCAGACUACAAUUGAGGGAUGGGAGGUCGACCGCCACGAGGCCAGUAUCGGACGUGGGAGGCAGGACUGGUGGGACAUAACGGGCCCAGAUGGCGAACCCCUUCAGUUUGAAAAGGUGGAAUUUCCAUACGACAUUGGCUUCUUUGCCAACAUGGCCCAAGCAAUGGGCACGUCCAACUUCCUCUUGUGGUUCUUCCCCCUGGCGGGCAACCCCCAGAUCAGCAAGACUGGGUCCGGCACCGGAUGGACGUGGGCAGAAAACGGCUUCAACCGCAAAGAAGGCAUGUGGCCUCCUUUGGAUCCCGACAAGUUCCGCCGCGCCGUGGGAGGAUUUGGCAUGUCACGGCGAAACUACGAGGACGAGCUCGAGCUCGAGGACGACGGGCUGACCAUUGGAGAGCACAUGGAAGCUUUCAAGAGGCGUCAGGAUGAAGAUCUGAGGAGACGGAAAAGAAGACAGGACGAACUCAUGGCGGAGCUGGAAGAGGUGGAUGGAGAUGGCUCAGGCAGAGCCAGCUAUGAUGAUGAUGAUGAGACGAAUAACAGUAAUAAUAUGCGCAACUGGGCAAACUCGGACGGCGAAUAUCUUCGAGACUACGGCGUUGACGAGGAAGCGGAAGAGGAGGAUGAAGACGUUCCGCUCGCCGAGCUGUUACGGCGUAGAAACGUCGGAACUAGAUCAUACAACGAUGCAUAAACACAUGGCGAGGAGAAUCAAAAGAUGGCUAAUAAAAUUGUAAAUCAGCGAAUAAGCAUAAACAAAGUGUUAUAUCAUAUAAAAUAGAUUUUAUUUGAUUUUUUUCUAAAAGCAAGAAUUUUAAAUAUAUGUAAAAAUAGCAUUUCAGGCCCUGGAUCACACAAGGGUCCCGCGUAUUUCCCCCUUUAACCCUCCCAUCUUCUUCUACCAAAAAACGCGAAGAAAGUUAAAAAAAAAAAGGAAACAAAAGAUUUUCCCAGACAUGCAUACACACGCUUCCCCAGGGAUCUAUACUCGAGGACUCGUACAGCAGUAGUUGCCCAAGUGACUCGCACACAUUGUGUGUAUACAACAAAAUCCGCCAUAAUUUUUUCCAGUCAUAGAGGCGUAAUAUUUGUAUCAGAAAGCAAAAAAAAAAAAGGGCGAAUAUAACAAAAGAGUUAAACUGAGCUGUAGAAAAAAAAUAUAUGCCUUCGUGACAAACAAAGAUCGUGAAGCAUGUCUAAAAUUGCGGCGCAGCAUCUCACCAGUCGUCAGUCUCGUCAUCUCUCUUUUGGUUUAGAGCAUUCUUGCGUGCCAGGAGAGCAUCCGCCAAGCUGCCUCCCAGGCUAGGCGUCGGCGUGCUUCUGCCGCUAUCGCCACCAGUGCCGUUUAGGCUCAUGCCAGAAUCUCUCUGGGCUAAAUCGACAGGCUUGCGACCACCUGCAGCCGGUCGUUUGGUAGGUGGCACCGGCUUCGCCUUGGCUGACGGCGGCGCUGGAGGUAGUCGUGGAGCAGGUGCAGCUUGCUCUUCUAC